CUCUGAGGAGAUUUUAAAUAAAGCUGGUUCAAAACGAAGGAGGCGCGGGAGCAUGGGGAAGGAGCAGGACCUGCUGCAGGCGGUGAAGAGCGGAGACCUGCUGUCCACUCAGAAGCUGCUGUCCAAGCUCAAGACCAACAGGAACAAGCUGCUGGGCUCCACCAAGAGACUGAACGUCAACUACCAGGACUCAGAUGGGUUCUCGGCCCUGCACCACGCUGCUCUCACAGGGACCACAGAGCUCCUGACUGCGCUGCUGGAGGCUCAGGCCACUGUGGACAUCAAGGACAGCAAUGGGAUGCGUCCUCUGCACUACGCGGCCUGGCAGGGGAAGGCGGAGUCUGUCCUGAUGCUGCUGCGCUCCGGCGCCUCGGUCAACGGCGUCUCUCUGGACGGACAUAUUCCGCUGCACCUGGCCGCUCAGUAUGGACACUAUGAAGUGUCUGAGAUGCUGCUGCAGCAUCAGUCCAACCCCUGUCUGGUCAACAAGGCCAAGAAGACGCCUCUGGACCUGGCCUGUGAGUUCGGACGAGUCAAGGUGGCCCAGCUGUUGCUGAGCAGUAACAUGGUGGUGGCGUUGUUGGAGGGAGAGAGGAAGGAGCCGACAGACUCCGCCUUCACCACCCCGCUGCACCUCGCCGCCCGGAAUGGCCAUAAAGACAUCAUACGGCUGCUGCUGAAGGCCGGCAUCGACAUCAACAAGACCACCAAGUCUGGAACGGCUCUGCACGAGGCGUCUCUGUACGGGAAGACGGAGGUGGUGCGGCUGCUGCUGGACGCCGGCGUGGACGUGAACAUCAGGAACACCUACAACCAGACGGCGCUGGACAUCGUCAACCAGUUCACCACGUCACACGCCAGCAAGGACAUCAAGCAGCUGCUGCGAGAUGCGACGGGAGUCUUGCAGGUCAGAGCUCUGAAGGACUACUGGAACCUCCACGAUCCCACCGCCCUCAACAUCCGGGCCGGUGACAUCAUCACGGUGUUGGAGCAGCAUGUGGACGGACGCUGGAAGGGACACAUCCACGACAGCCCGAGAGGGAUGGACCGAGUCGGCUUCUUCCCUCCGUCCAUCGUGGAGGUGAUCAGCAGGAGGAACGGGGGCACCCUCUCCCGGCACGCCUCUCUGCCCACCGGACAGCGCCAGCAGCUGCUGUCCAGAGCCCCCCUCUCCUCCAGCCUCAGCUCCGCCCCCCAGACUGACGACUCCUACACUCUGUACGCCCCCCCCACCCACGUGGUGCUGCCGCUGGCCAACGGCCUCACUGCCAGCACAGGUCUGUCUCCGAGCCGCCUGUCCCAGUCCGGGUGUCCCUUCGAGGACAUCUGGGUUCUCAGGGACUCGUGUCAUGCUGGAGACAGGAACAGCGUCGGCAGCACAGGUAGCGUCGGCAGCACGCGCAGCGCCGGGAGCGGACAGAGCACGGAGAGCAACAACGCACCCAACGGACUGCAACACCACGCCGGUCACCAUGACAACGCCAACAAGGUGGCGCCCCCUGCUGCUGAUGCUGGACACUCAGACCUCAGUAAACAGCCUGACCAUCCUGCAGGUGGGACUCCUCGGAGGCAGGCGGUGACGGUGCAGAGACCUGCAGAGCAGAGCUUCUCCCAGCAGUUUGUCCGUCCUCAGCAGCUGUUGGAGGGGAAGGAUGCAGAGGCCAUCUAUCAGUGGCUGGGUGACUUCCAGCUGGAGCAGUACACCGGGAACUUCAUCAGCGCUGGUUACGAUGUACCGACCAUCAGCAGGAUGACUCCUGAGGACCUGACUGCCAUCGGAGUGACCAAACCAGGCCACCGCAAGAAGAUUUCCAUUGAGAUCAACAACCUGAACAUCCCUGAGUGGCUGCCUGAGUACAUCCCAUCUGACCUGGUCGAGUGGCUCAGCGCCAUCGGCCUCCCGCAGUACCACAAGAAACUGUCGGAGAACGGCUACGACUCCAUCAGCAUCGUCAAAGACCUGACGUGGGAGGAUCUGCAGGAGAUCGGCAUCACCAAGCUCGGCCACCAGAAGAAGCUGAUGUUGGCGGUGAAGAAGCUGUGCGACAUCCAGAGAGCGAUCCUCCAGGCCGAAUCGGACCAAGGCACGCUGCGACGCAAAGGCCCCGGAGCCCUGCACCUGGUCACCAUCGAGCCGCCCGACCCCGCCGGUGAGAGCUCUUCUCCUCACACCCCGAAGAUGCUGACCUUCCAGGACAGCGAGCUGAGCGCCGAGCUGCAGACGGCCAUGUCCAGCCACUACGGAGGCUGCGAGGACGGUCUGGCCAUCAAGAACGCCGUGGGCAUGUCCCAGAGCCAGGAGAGCAUCGACACCCGGUCCCGAGGCUCCGGCCGCUCCCAGGAGCCUCCGACAGCCUCCGUCACGCCACACAGCUGGUCCCAGGAGAGUCUGGACGGCAGCCCCGCCAAGGAGAGGAACCUCCCCGAGGGCUGGGACCAGAGGCCUCUGCAGCAGCAGCCGCCGCCCAAGCAGGUUCCUCUGGGCACGGCCACGGUGUUCAAGUACCCGGCCAUCCCGACCAAGCCCAAACUGUCUGGGUCCGGUGGCCCCUCCCCCCACGGCUCCCCGGCGCUGAAGGGUUUCAGCUACCUGCAUUCUCACUGUGGCUCCACAGACCUGAGCUCCUCCCCCAGGUCUGCGGACCACACCCUGACCCUGACGCCGCCCAAGAAGCGCACCCAGAGCAUGACCCGCUACGCCCUGUCGGACGGAGAACCCGACGAGGACGACGACGAACCCGCGUCCGGGAACCUGUCGUCCUACGCCACCUUAACCCGCAAGCCGGGCCGCAGCCAGCUGGCCCGACUCCAGUCCAGUCCAGAGAAGAACGGCAACGUGGGGCGCAGUCAGUCAUUUGCUGUGCGCGCCCGGAAAAAGGGUCCCCCUCCUCCCCCGCCAAAGAGACUGAGUUCAGUGAGCAGCACCGCCAGCGGGGAGCUGAGCGACAGCAGCACCACGUCGCCUGGCGGCCGGGUGCUCACCAACAGUCCCGGCAGCGUCAGGAGCAUCACCGCCUCUCUGGAGGGAAACGCAGACGGGAGGAGCUCCCUAGGACCAAAACCAGACCUCAUCCACCAGGAGCCGCCUCCCCCCUCCCUCACCUCUGCAGAGCAGGAACCCAGGGAGGCAGCGGGGGUGAGGAGGAGGGUGCAGAGCGAGUGUAUUCCCACCCACACCAGCUCCGAGCCGGACCGGGGGGUGAAGUCUGACUCAGAGGAGGAGGAAUCUAAAGGUCGGGGACUGGAGGGAUCCUCGUCCCCCCACAACAGCUCCAGUGAGUGCAUCCCCUUCGCAGAGGAGGGAAACCUGACCAUCAAACAGAGGCCCAAAGCUCCGGGGCCCCCCAGGGCCGAGGCCGUGCUGGAGCCUCCAGAGAAAGCAGCAGCCAAGAACCUGGAGGUUCCCGAGUUCAACCUGAAGGAGUCGGACACGGUGAAGCGCCGACACAAACCCAAAGACAAGGAGGCGGGAGGAGGCUCCCCCAGCAGAGAGGGAGCGGGGGCGUCCGGCUCAGAGUCCGGCGGCAGCAGACCUCCGUCCCAGAGCCAGGAGGAGGUCAGUCUGAGGAUCAGUGAGGCCGGUCUGGAGCGGCCCUCCAGUCCAGCUACAGGGUCCCCCAUCAAACCCCCGCUCUCCCCGAAACCUCCCACUGUCGCCCCCAAACCAGUCCGCCACAGUCUGCUGGCUGCACAAGCAGCUGGACCCUCCUCUCCAGCUGUGACCGUCAGCGUGGUUCAAAGCGUGGCCUUCACGUCUCCAUCCUCCCCGUCCCACGGGCCCUCAGCUCCGGCUCCGCCUCCACCUCCGGCUCCGGCUCCGGCUCCGGCUCCGGCUCCGGCUCCGGCUCCGGCUCCGGCUCCGGCUCUGACCUCGGCCCCUCAGAGUCCCUCUCUGGCAGCAGCGAGGCCUCAGGUGUGUGUGGUGGGUCCAGGUCUCGUCCCUGAGGCUUCCUGUGGGACUGAGGUGGUUCAGCAGAGACUGGAUCAGACCAGCACGUCUCUGGAAGCAGCUCUGAAGGCGGUGGAGAGGAAACUGGAGGACGACUCAGAUGGCGGCGUGAGCACGGUGAAGUCUGCCGGGACCAUCCUGGACGACAUCGGCAACAUGUUCGACGACCUGGCCGACCAGCUGGACGCCAUGUUGGACUGAAGAGCGACGCCUCCACAACAAAACAUUCUGCUUCAACCUCAGGAAGUGAAACACAGGAGGAGAGAAAGGGGAGGAUGGAGGGAUGAUGGAGGGAUAUCACCUCCGGUGUUUUACCCCCCGAUACUGAACUCCGCGGUCACGACGGAGGAGGAGGAGGAGGAGUCAGAUACUUGUUUGUCAGUGUGAACACCAGCUCUUCGUCUCCACUGUGCUUCCUCCACCAGACUGAAUCUGUUCCUGUGUGGACGUCAGACCUCCUCAACCCUUGUGUCGUGUCUCAGACGUGAAGCAAACACAGAGACAGAAGCUGGACCAGCAGAAUAUCCUCAGCCCACUGUGAGGAGACGCUCCUGAGCAGAUCAUCAUUAUUAUUAUUAUGAUUAUUGUUAAACACUAAUAUUGUAACAUGAAGUUUUAUGAUUCUGACAUUUUAGAGAGCUGAAGACCUGACGUCACUUCCUGUUUCAGUCGGAUACUCUAAGAUAAAUGAGGAUGUAAUAGUAGAAGUUAAAACCCUCGGGUUUUAAAGCAACUAUCAUCAAUAUUAAUUAUGAACAAUGGAUCACAUGACUGUGUUUCCUGAAGGAGUUUCAGUUUCCUGCAGCUCCACGGAGCCUCUUAGCUCCUUUUAGCUCCUGGUUUUGGUUCCCUGUCAUUUUCCCUCAGGAGCUGGUGGAGACCAAACACAGAGUUAAAACAGAGGGAACACUGGACUGAGAUCAUUAAUUCAAAGCUGCAUCUGUGUGUUUAUUAAGCCCUUUUCCCGCUGGUCAAAGAACACACUCAGACCCUUUUGUUGUCAAUGGAAAAAGAGUCAAACAAUUUUUAUCAGGAGGUUUAAAUAAUCAGCUUAUACCUGCUAAUUUUGGUGGGAAAAGGGCGACUGUUGUUUAUGGUGCUGUUGACCGGUGUUGUGUUUAAUUGCUGCGCGGAAACGUCAGAUCUAGUGAAAACUAGGCCGGACAGGCACAGAACAGCACUGUGAGCAGAUCUGUUCAAUGAUAGAAAACCCUGUUGGUUAAAAUUUUAUUUGAUCAUAUUGUAAGUUUUUGUUCAAAGGCAGAACUUUUAAUCCUCUAUGUUGUUUUUCAACAGAACCGGGACGGUCGGGUCUCACUUCAGCUCUCUAUUCAACAUGUCUGGCCAUUUCAAAUUUUACAUUUGUAAUAUUUAAAAAGAAAAAAGUCUAUUUUAUACCAAGUGAUAUUAACCAUAUGUAGUUAGUCUUCCACUCGGCUCGGUGCCGGUUUGUGCGUCAGACCUUUUCUACAGAUUUGUGUGUGUGUGUUCAUGAAGCUACAGGAAGCUGUAAAACUGAUGCUCGUUGGAACUGUUUCUACAAAGGGAAGAGAAGCACGUUCAGCUCGUUUCACAUCGUAUGUACAGUGGAAGACGGCAUGUGACAUGUCAGUAAUAUACAUACUAUUUUUUGAUAUUCAUUUUAGCCAAAUUAGUAUUUAAAUUAGAGUUAUCUAAAUGUGUAUAAUGUACACUAGAAGUAUAUACAGGAGCAGGUAUUCAACCAAAGGUCUUUGUACAGAUUCUCCUCAGAUAUUUUCACAAACGUUUCCUUUAAAGAAAACAGACUCCUUAGCUCCUGCCCUCCUCGUUACUGUAAGAUGUUGAUGAACUGUUGCCCUGGUGUCCAGCCUGCAGCAUAUGGACAAAGUCUCCAUAUUUAGCAUGCCACAGCUCGAUUUGAUCAUGUUUCAUUCGUGAAAAAGAUCGUUAACCCCGGUGUGUCUGGUUUCUGUGUCUGUGAUCAUGUGACUUCUGUGUGAAUGAGAUGCUCUCUGAUGGAUUUUCUUUAUCUCUGAGUCUCAGGAAAAUCCCCCCCUGGACCUGAACGCGUCGUCCUGGUCACAGUAUGGAAGAUUUAAAAAGCUGUAUUAAAAAGAAAUCAAACAAUACACAAAUAUAUUUCUUUACAUUAUUUAUAUUAUUAUAUUAUUA